GGCCUUAAUGGUACGCGCUCUACCUGGCGACCCACUGGGGCGCCCCUCAUUGUUUUGUUUAUAAUGUGCUUUUCCUGCGCCAUCGACCCCUGCAGAUGGAUCUCUGCGUGACCAUCAAAGGCGUCUCCUUCCUACUACAGACCGGCCUGGGCGUCCUUGGCAACACGCUUGUGCUCCUGGCCUACGUCCACAUCGCCCACGGCGCCGACCACAAGCUCCUCCCCACCGACCUGAUCCUGUGCCACCUGGUCUUCUCCAACCUCAUGCUGCUGCUGACGCGCUGCGUGCCCCUGACCAUGACCGUGUUCGGCCUCCGCGACCUGCUGGACGACGCCGGCUGCAAGGUGGUCAUCUACCUGUACCGCAUCACCCGGGCGCUGUCCGUCUGCCUCACCUGCAUGCUGAGCGUCUUCCAGGCGGCCACCCUGGCCCCCGACGCGCCGCGCCUCAAGGCCGCGCUGCCCGCCCUGGUGCUGCCCUCCUUCGCGGGGCUGUGGCUCCUCAACAUGGCCUUCUGCAUCGCCGCGCCCUUAUUCUCCGUCGCCCCGCGCAACGGCACCGUGCCGGCGUUCACCCUCAACCUGGGCUACUGCCACGUGGACUUCCGGGACUACCUGUCGUACGUGAUCAACGGCAUGGCCGUGACGGUGCGGGACUUUGCCUUCGUGCUGCUGAUGCUGCUGUCCAGCGGCUACAUCCUGCUGAUCCUGCACCGCCACAGCCGCCAGGUGCGCUCCAUGCGGCGGGGGGCGGCCCAGGGGGUGGAGACGCGGGCGGCCGAGACGGUGGUCACCCUGGUGGUGCUCUACACCGUGUUCUUCGGCAUCGACAACGUGAUCUGGAUCUACAUGCUGACUGUGGCCAAGGUGCCGCCGGUGGUGGCCGACAUGAAGGUGUUCUUCUCCUCGAGCUACGCCUUCCUCAGCCCCUAUUUUAUCAUCUCGUCCAACAAGAGGAUCAAGGGGAAGCUGGUGUGUGCGGUGGAACAGCAGCAGUCUCCGGUGGAGACUCAGACGUCCAAUGAGAAAUGACUUUUACGGAAAGUUCCCUUAAUGAGAUGCUCUCAGACAUUGCCUCUGUAAUUAGCUAUUAUCUGACUGUUUUAGUCUAAAUAACAACAUUCAUGCAUGUGAUGACUACAGAAGUCCUUUGCAUACAAACGUUGUAUAUCAGAAGCAAACAGAACUCUAAAGGCUACUAAAGAAUAGCUUUUUUGUUAAGUCACCUCUCCUGACCAUUUAAUUUCGUUUUUAUCUUGUUCUGCCUUCAGCAUGCGCUCUGAUUGGCUGAAUGUGACGCAGGCUGGCAGCGAGCGUCGGAACGUGCAAACCAAACAAAACCUGGAAAAAACUUUUAUCACAGACUUGUAUUUAUUUAUCAUGCUAUUGGUUUAUUUAUUUAAUAGAUUUGCAUUUUGUGUUUAGCCGUCCGCUGUGCGGGGUGCCCUUCCGCAGGCCUUGGCUCCCCCUGGUGGCGAAAUAACAAAACUUAACAAAUGACAACAAAAAACGCACCGUGCUCUGCUCCCUCCUCAGACUCCGCCUGCUGCAUCUCUUUAUCCUUCUUUGCUCCCUUCACUUUUUGAACCUAAAAGAAAAAAAUAAAAAAAUAUUAAAAACAAAAAAUCUAACAAUUAUAUAUGAAAAAUAAAAAAAUUAACAAAUGAAAUAAAAGGAAUUGGAGAUUAUGUGAACGUGCUCCCAGAAUCUUCAGGACCUGGACUAACAAAAAUUACAUAAUAUAUAUUCACAUAUAACCUUUCCCUGGAAUGAAGCACUCGUAUACCUGUGCUUAUCCAAUUGAGCCACCAGAUGGCGCCAGUGGUCUUUAAUCCAUGACCUAACCCUA